AUGAAGUUGAAGAUCAACAAAGCUUGCGAUCUCAGCUCCAUUUCGGUACUUCCUCCUCAAUCAAGGAGAUCAAGUUCUAUACCAGUUGGACCACAACAAGCAUCACAGCGUCGAUCACAACAAUCACAGCAGUCAUUUUCACAGGGGUUUUCAUCUCAGCAUGGCAUGUUUUCUCAGAUCUCUCAGACUUCUCUUGAUGAAGCUCUGAUCAAUGAUCAGAGAUUCAGUUCUCAGGAGCGAGAGAACUCUGUGAAGAAGCCGUCUUGCUUACCAGUAAUUAGCUAUAAACGCGAAGAGAGUCAAUUGCCAGUCUCUAGAUCUUCUUCCAAUCUAGUGCGCAAAUGGAGUGCUGCUCCUGUUCCAGAUCAUAAAUGUCAAAUAAACGAAGAACUUCAGCACCAGAUCGGAAUGAUGGAAACUUCUUUAAACAAGUUUGGAAUGAUCUUGGAUUCUGUUCAGAGCGAUAUCAUGCAAGUAAAGAAAGGGAUAAAAGAAGUAUCACUGGAGAGUGAGUGA